AUGUUCCCCGAAGCAGGAAGCAGCGAUACCACGGACUCGCGAGAUCUCCAUUCCGCUGUUCUGCAGACAACGCUCCAGGAGAUCUCCUCACGACCAACCGAAAGCGAGCGGGGCGCAUUGGCUGCCGAAUGUUGCGUCAUCUGCCUAGACGAAAUCUCCGAGGGCUGCGAAACUCGACCAUGCAAUCACAGCAACUUCGAUUAUCUCUGCCUGUUGACGUGGCUAGAACGACAGACUGCAUGUCCCCUCUGCAAAACGGAAAUCUCAGAAGUUCGCUAUGAGUUUAGCGAUGACCGAAAACAAUGGAAGUCAUUCUUGACCCCGGAGAAGCCGCCCCAGGUCGAAACAGCGAACGGCCCGCCUUCUUCUCACUACCGGAAUUAUCGUCGACCGGCUGUGCGGCGACCGCGACCUCGCGUGAGCUCCUCGUACCGGACAUCAGCGCCUUCCCAGGACGACUCGAUCGCUCGACGACGAGCCGUUUAUCGUGACCAAAGUUACUCGCUACACGUUGGCUCGAAUCGGAUAUCGAGAUACAGGGACUUGACGCCGCAGAUGUUCGCAUCUGACCCGGAGCUGGUCUCUCGCGCACGCACGUUCCUCCGCCGCGAGCUUCAAGUCUUCGAGUUCUUAUCCCCCGACAACGAUGCGCGCCCUUCAGAGACAGAUCCUGUGGUGCGCCGCAGGGCCAACAACGCCGAGUUCUUGCUUGAAUACAUUGUGGCGAUUCUGAAGACUGUGGAUAUGCAAGGCAGCAUGGGGCAGGCCGAGGAGCUGAUCCAGGAGUUCCUGGGACGAGAGAACACACGGCUUCUACUUCACGAACUCAGAGCGUGGCUCAGGAGCCCGUACAUGACGCUAGAGAACUGGGAUCGCAACGUGCAGUACCCGCAACCCUCUAUCAAGCGUCGGAGGCGGUCGCAAAGUCCGGGACGAGAACGCGAUUCUCCAGGGAGCGCAGAUGGCAUAUACCCCUCUACUUGGAGACGGGACGAUAGGCGAAGACAUCCGCGGGAGGCGCGAGAUUCUCACCGUCGUUUUCGCAACAACGAGAGGUUACGAGAGGCGACGGAGCGAUACUCCGUCGACUAG